UCUGAGUUGUCCACUUAUCCAAUUAAAAUCCAACUGCCAAAACCAAAACACAAAGCUUAUUUUUCAAAGUAAUGAUUUCAGACUAAAGUUGCUUCAAAUAUGGCUACUUCUCUACUGUCCAAGAGUCUAACUCCAAUAUUCUUCAGUUCUCCUUCCUCCUUGCCUAGUUCCAACCACCUUACUACAAAACUCUUCUUUCUGAAUCCACUAGAACACUCACCUAGCCCAAAACGAUCAAUUGUUCUGCCACAAGCGAAGAAGAAAAACCCAUGGUUGGAUCUAUUUUACGACGGAGAGGAUGAACCAGAAACCGAAUACGGGUCAAUGUUUAGUGAUGGGAAGCAAGAUGAGGACCCGUAUCCACGGGAUAAUCCCGAAAACCCAUAUGGGUUCCUCAAGUUCCCACAAGGAUAUGCAGUGGAGAUGGCAUCAUUGGGAUCAAAGGUGAGAGGAGAUGUCAGGAGAUGUUGCUGUGUAGUUUCUGGUGGUGUUUAUGAUAACUUGCUUUUCUUCCCAGCAAUUCAGUUGAUCAAGGAUAGGUAUCCUGGUGUUCAGAUUGAUAUAAUUACAUCAGCUAGGGGUAAACAGACUUAUGAAAUGAAUAAAAAUGUGAGGUGGGCAACUGUUUAUGAUCUUGAUGAUAACUUUCCUGAUCCUGCUGAGUACACUGACAUGCUUGGACUUCUGAAGAAUAGAUAUUAUGACAUGGUACUGUCUACAAAACUAGCAGGAUUAGGGCAUGCAGCAUUUUUGUUCAUGACAACAGCCAGAGACAGAGUUAGCUAUGUUUAUCCCAAUGUAAAUGCAGCAGGAGCUGGACUCCUUCUGUCUGAAACAUUUACACCAGACAGUAUGAACCUUUCAGAGGGAGGAUAUAACAUGUACCAUCAGAUGAUUGAAUGGUUAGGCCGGCCAGUUAAGGACAUACCACAACAUCUAGCUUCCCCCUUAAAGGUUUCAAUUUCAAGGAAGCUGAAAGAAGCUGUGGAAGCUAAAUAUAAAGAAGCAGGAGCAGAAAAGGGAAAAUAUGUAGUAAUUCACGGUAUAAAGUGUGACUCAAAGGCUUCAAUGCAGUCCGAAGGAGAUACUGAUAGCUUGCUCCCUAUUGAGAUCUGGGCAGAAAUAUCCCAGGCAAUCAGGGGAGUGACUCCAAUCUUUGUGAUUCCACAUGAGAAACUAAGGGAAGAUGUAGAGGAAAUUGUUGGGGAAGAAACAAGCAUCGUGUUUAUAACAACACCCGGUCAGUUAGCAGCAUUGAUCAAUGAUUCAGUUGGCGUUAUCGCAACAAACACAGCAGCUAUUCAGCUUGCGCUUGCCCGAGAAAAACCCAGAGUUGCAAAGAAAUAAUAGUAUCCUGAUUCAAACUCCGCAGCAUCGCCUUGUUUUGCUCUGAAGAGAAGGGAAAGUGUUUUGUUCCCGACGCAGAAGGAAAGAAGUGCACAGUUAUAGCAUCAAAAACAGGAAAUUUAGCAGAUAUUGAUGUUGCCGUCGUAAAAGACACACUUAAAGUUUUUAAGACCGCAGCUCCAGCUACAACUCCAGCUUUGGUCUAAAAUUGAGCAUCAAGGAUGUUCUCCCUGCCUUUUCCCCUUUCUUUUCAACUUAUUCUACCAAGCUCCACAUCCACAUUGUUUUAUCAAAACAUAUUAGAAGGAUAAAAAAUAUAUAAUAUAUGUAUGUGAAGGAGACACAAUACUUAGAGGAUGUAAUCCUUGCAUGCUUUUGCAAUAACAUUAAUUGUACAUUCUUAAAUUCGAAUGAGAACAGACAAACCAUUCAUUUUCUA